AUGUACAAGAACACUCGGUUUAUGGGCGAGGGCCCUUGGCCUUACAAACCUGGUGGUUUUCACCCAGUGCACCUCGGCGAUGUUCUUGACGGUCGGUACCAGAUUUUCCGCAAGUUAGGUGCUGGGGGUCAAUCCACCGUCUGGCUGGCUCGAGAUAGCAGUAAGCAGGAGAGAUCAUAUGUGGCCAUCAAAGUCCAUGAGGCACAAGGAGGCAAGCACCAAGAGAAAAUCGACGAAUACCUACGGCAAGAUCAGACGCCUCACCCAGGAGCGUCUUAUGUAGAGAGCUCGUUAGGCUCGUUUACUGUUACUGGACCUAAUGGAACCCACUACUGCAAGGUGAUGGAGCCUUAUGGCGGCUCGCUAACCCGUGUCCUUAAUGCUGCCUUUGAUCUCCGGGGGACGCUUAAUGAGGGUGAAUCCUGGACUUGGAAGGCACAGAAAGGUGACGGUUGGUCGACAGCCGUGGCUAAGAAAAUAUGCUGGCAAGUCCUAUCUGGACUGAGCUACUUGCAUAGUAGGGAGCUGGCCCAUCGCGAUAUCCGACCCACGAAUGUGUUUACCGCGUUGCAGUAUGAUCUCUCUUUAUUAUCUGAGAAUGACAUCCAGGAGUCUGUUUGGCCCGCUGAUGUUAAAGAGGAAGAGGAAGAGGAAGAGGAAGAGGGGGAAGAAGAUGAUGAUGAUGACGAAGAUGACGAUGAAGAAGAAGAAGAAUAUGAUGAAGGAGACGAUGAGAGUGACGAUGAUCUUCCAUCUGAUCCAGAAGAGCGACAAAGGCAAAAGGAAGAACGACGAAGGCAAGAAGAAAUCGCCGAUGAAGAGGAGAGGAGAUUCCUGAAAGAAUACUAUGAAUAUCAGGAGAAGGCCGAAGAAUUCCGAGCGGCUAUUGAUGCUAAAUGGGAGAGCUUUGGUCAAGGUGAUCGGCAAGCUAUCCCACACUCUACGGAGUGGAAUAAAGCGAAUCUUACCGGUACUCGCGAUGGUAUUGAAGUACUUAUCAGACAGGACGGCAAAGAGAUUAAGCCUGGAGAGCUCCAGUAUACUGUUAGGGGUACACCUCUACCUGGAACAUUAAACCUGGAUAAAGAAUUCAGGGUUAUUCUUGGGGAUUUAGGAUUUGCUCUCCCAUUUAAUGAGUGUAGCAAAUCCUCGAUUAAAACUGAGCCAGUUUAUCGCCCGCCAGAGGAUUUACUUGGCUUGGAACCUACAUACAAGGCUGAUAUAUUUUCAGCAGGUCUCCUCCUUUGGAGGGUUGUUAUGUUGGAUGAGUUAAUUUGGCUGCUUACUAGCACAAGUAUGCCUGGCUACACCCGAUGUCGCCAGCUUUAUGACCUGACUCGGCGACUGGGUCCUAUACCACAUUCAAUGCGCACUCAGUGGAAGGAGGCUGAUGAGUAUAUUGAUAAAGAUGGUAAUGCCCUGGACUUAUCUGAGGCUGAAAAAUCUAUAUACGGGGCUCCAAUUGGUAAGGAUAGUUAUUAUUUUGGCGAUAUUUGGUAUCGUGCAAGGAUUCAGAAGCCCUUUGAUAUGUCAGAAGAUGGGCUGAAUAUCUUUAUGGACUUGAUUCAAAAAAUGUUACAGUGGGAGCCUAAAAAGAGGCCGGAUGUAGAUGAGAUACUUCAGCAUGAAUGGUUUAAGGAGUUUCAAUAG